AUGGAGCGCUGUCCAGAGGUUCCUGUUACUUUGGCUGACGUCGGCGCCAUACCUUCAGGAAAUGUGCCCUUUACUUACUGCUGGCCAACCUUGCUCUGCCGCUUUCAACACAAGAUCUCGGAUGUCGACGUUGUGAGUGACGAAGUGGUCGGGGUCGGCGCCCCCUCGCAGCAGUCGCUCCGCCGCCUCGAGGUGGCCGCAGGCACUGGCGUAGCGCAGCGCCGUCCAGCCCAGCAGCGCGUCCCUGCGCCCGGGGUCGCAGCCAUUGGCGAGCAGCGCGCCCACGGCGUCGGCGCGGCCCAGCGACGCCGCCUGCACCAGCGCCGUGCGGCCGAAGCGGUCGCUCUCGUCGGCGUCGCCUCCAGCCUCCAGCGCCGCCUCCAGCGCGCCCUCGCUGCCCUCCAGCACGGCCCGGUGCAGCGGGAGGCCGUCCGACAGCAUGUGCUCCAGGAUGUGCCUCACCCCCACGCCCACAUCGCGGUUCAGGAGGCGAAGCCACACCUCCUUUGCAACCUCGGACCCUUUCUCUUGGUUUUCCAACAGCCAGCACGCGCCAAAAUAUUCGAUAAAGACUUGACGCAGGAGCACUUGGUGGAGCUGCUGGCGGCGGCGGUAGGCGUCGUGGCUUCGAGUUCACCCGAAUCCACGCAGAGGUUCCUCAAGGCUGCCCUUUACGAGUCGGGGGACAUCGCAGUCUUCGUCGACGGCGUGGACGAGAUUUGCCCUUCCUACACGGACAAACUCCUCCGACUCUUGCAACUGUUGCUGGAGACAAAAGUGAAGCUCGUGUGGGUCUCGUCUCGCCCGGAGCUUGGGCUCAAGAGUAUUUACCUGCGUGGUCACCAGAGGAGCUGCACCAGUCGUGUUGGCGUGCUUGAGUUGGAAGAAGACGGUCAGUGGCUGCGGCUUCAGCACGCGCAGCACGAGAUCGUCCAUGGGAUGCGCAGCGGCCACAUUGGAGAACAGUUGAAACGAGAGGCCCCUGCUGCGCGCGCGCAGCGCCCACAGGCCGCCGAGGAAGAUCUCGUAUUCAGAACCGUUUAG